AAAAAAAUUCAAAUACAAAAUUUAUGAUGGCCACCAUUUGCUAUAUCAUCAUCAUCAUCAUCAUCAUCUUAAGCCAUGUUCUUGUUGUUCUUGAUUUAAACUCCUCCUUAUUUAAGAAAAAAAAAUGAUCGGAAUCUACUUACUUACUUCGUUACUAUCUACUCCCUACCACCAACCAACCAUCCAACCAUCAUCAAGGCCAUAAAUGAUGAUGAACGAAAUGAAAAGAAAGAAACCAAAAUAAAAACCAGACCAGAUUAGAUCAUCAUAGAAGUUGUUGUAUUGAUUCUCUUAGUGUUAAGUUUUAUUCAAAGCAUCAUCAUCAUCACCAUCAUCAUCAUCAUCCGUUUUUCGGUAUAUAAAUAGAGAUUCAUUUUGCCAACUCUUUAUAUCACCAAUUCAUAAUUGGUAGUGGUCUUUUUAUUUGGAUCUAUCAUUCAUCAUUAUCAUUGAAAAUUCAUUCGUCAACAAUCACCAUCCUCAUUUUGCAUUAUAAUUAUAAAUAAAUAAAUUGGUGAUUUUUAUUUAUUAAUUCAUCCAUCCAUUUUUGUUUGCUGAUUUCUGAUUCUCAAAUUCAACACGUUCUUCAUCAUCAUCAGUAUCCAUAAAAUAUGAAGCCUGCCUAUUGUUUUAGUGUUGUUGUUCUCAUGAUUGGUAUUGCAUUGGCUGCACCAAUUGCUGAACCAGAUGAUACGAAUACCAAAAUUUCUGAACCAAAAGAUUCUUUAAUGUCCGGAUCAACAUCGGUCGAAAUUCAAGAAGGAAAACCAAUUGUUAAACUUGAACAACGAAGUGAUGUUAUCAUUCCCGAUGCUGUUGAUGAUGAAUCAAAAAAAAAAGUAGAAAUUCCACCAGUAGAAAUUGCACCAAUAGAAAAUGUUCCUAAAAUUCCGGAAAUAGCUGCUGUCAAUCCAAUUGUUCCGGCACAAUCAAUCGAAAAUAUUGUUGUUCCCGUUGUAGUAAGUAAUAUUGUUGGUGAACCGAUUCAAGUGGAUAGAAUCUCGGAAACAUCAGCCGAUUCAUCAGUGAAAGCAGAAGCUGUUAUACCAGAAAAACCAGUUGAACAACCGGCUUCGGUAAUCAAAGAAGAAAUUGUACCAAAAGUUGAAAAAGUUGAAUCAAUUCCAGUCCAGCCUAUUGUACCGGAAAUCGUCAAACCAGCCGAACCUGUUGUAGAGGAAUCAAAAUCUGUUCCAGUUGAAGAACCAGCAUCGAUAGUAAGUGAACCAAAAGUGGAAUCAAUACAGCCAAUUCCAAUUGAAUCCGAUAAACCAGCCGAAAUUGCUCCACAACCAGUUGUUGUAUCCGAUAAAGUGAUUGAAUCAAGAAGUUUGAAAGAAAUUGAUGCUCCAGCAGCAUCAGCAGUACCAGUCGAAGCUCAAUCAAUCAUACCGGAAAUGGUUGAAUCAGCUCCAAUACCCGUUGAAUCUGUACCGAUUAUAUCGGCAAUUGAAUCUCAACCAAUUAUACCGGAUAAAGUGGAAACCGUACCAGUUCCAGUGGAAAAAUCCGUUGAAGUACAACCAAGCGAAGCAGAAAAAAUUGAAAGUCCAGUUACAAUUUCAGCCGAACGAUCAAUUGAAUCUCAACCAGUGGUAGCAGAUAUUGCCGAAACUCCAGUAUCAGAUGAAAAAUCAGUCGAAAUUCAACCGGUUGUUCCGGAAAAAAUUGAAACACCAGUCGAAUCUCAGCCCGUAAUUGCCGAAAAAGUCGAAAGUCCAAUUCCAGUUUCAUCAGUCCAAGACGAAAUAUCGGUCGAAUCGCAACCAAUUCCAGUUCCAUCAGUUCCGGUUGAAACACCAGUCGAAUCUCAACCAAUUGUACCGGAAAAAAUUGAUAACCAAAUUCCAGUUGCUUCAAUCGCAUCGGAAAUUCCAGUCGAACAACCAGUAAUCACUGAUAAAGUUGUCGAUGCUCCAGUUCAAAGUGUACCAACAAUUGUUGUUUCCGAAUCGCAAGGAAAUAUUGUCACGCCGAUUGUUGAUCCCGUACAAAAUGAUGUUAAACCGAUAGCAGAAAUUCCUUUGAUUCAAGAAACAUCAAUUGUUGCUGAACCAAAACCAGUGGUUAUCAUACCACAAGAACCAUUGGUUGUAUCGCCAGUAGUAGUAGUACCGGAACAAUCCGAGAAUACAAUCGUCAAUAUUGUAGCUAAACCAAUGGAAAUUGCACCCGAACCAAUGAUUGAAUCAGUAAAACCGGCACUAUCAACAGCGGUUGAUAAUGAAACAUCAAUCAAAUCAGAUGAACCGAUGAUUAUCGUUGAACCAAAUCAAAUUUAAUUUUUUUUAUUUUCCUUUUCAAAAAAAACUCUUUUACACAAAACCAUUUACAAUAUUAUAUUUUCUCAAUUCUCAAUUCUUGUUUCAAUCCAAACACACACCACCACCACCUAGAACACGAAUUUCAUCAUUGUAAAUCCAUAUAUAAUAUACAUGCAAUUUUUUUUUGAUAAUUUUUGAACAAAAAUUCUUUGUGCCACCACCACCACCAACACUCCAACACUUACCACAAUGGCGGGAACUUUUGAACCAAAUAAAAAAAAUGGUUACCAAAUGGUUAAUAAUAAUAAAGAAAAA